UUUUGCAUUGAUAAUGAAUUUAUCGUCAUAGUAUAUCGCUUUGUUCCAAAAAAUUUUUGAAUAUUUCUGGAUAGAGUAUCGUGCGGUCCUUUUCGCCAAAGUUCUCCAAUUAAUCCCCCUUACUGUAUUUAUAACAUAAUGUAUUCUAACGAAUCUAUUGAAUCACAACGCGUUAAAUCAAUUGUUGGAAGCGUAAAUGGAAAAUCCAUGCAAAGGAGAACGGGUGGAAAUAAUUCACCCGCUACUUCACGAUUAUUCAUGAAUGCCGUAAAGGACGCAAGUAAAGGCGUACGAAAUCUUGGUGAGAGAACAGAAGAAAAUAUAUCAUAUAGAUCUGAUAAAGGUCAUUUUAAACGUCCUUAUAGUCCCACUAUGGAUUAUAACAAAGAGGAUCAAAAAACAAAAUCUCGUAAAGUCGAGAAUGGAUUUGAAUAUGAUCGCUCAUUUGAAUCGGAUCGUAGUCAAGAUAGAUAUUCACGAGUAGGAUUAGAUCGUCGGCCUAGUGAUCAAGGUUUAUAUAUGCCUUCACCACCAGAUUAUGAUCGCAAUAGAUAUGGGUCCAGUGCCGCAAGUACGAACGCAAUGCCGUUUUCGUCAGAUUCGAAUAAUAAUAUCACACUUACUCCAAAAACUUCUCGAUGUCGUCACUGGCCCAAUUGCGAUCUCGGAUCUUCAUGCAAAUUUCAUCAUCCUAUUGAAAUUUGUCCACUGGUACCUAAUUGUCCCAAUUCUCCUAAAACUUGUUUAUAUAUCCAUCCCGCUAAUCAAGAAUUUGCUUCAUAUGAUCAGCGUGGCGGUAUAUAUGCAUUUGGAAAUAAUACGGGACAAGGAGCCUUCGAUCCACGUUCUUCUGGAUUAAGUUCAUUUGGACUUGGUCCUAUGGGUCCUAUGGGUCAUGGAAUAUUUGGACAAGGUACUUCUUAUCAAAGUGGAGCAUUUGGUACAGGUGUAUUUGUACAAAAUUCUCAGAGGCCAAGCAUUACAUUUGGAAAGGGCUCAUAUGAGCAAAGUUUAAGUGUACAAGGUCAGAAAAAAGAAGAGAGACCCACUAAUGUAGCUAUCACGGAGUCUGGCAAUACAACUACUUCUGCAAUUUCAAAUGAUUCGUUAUCAGGGCAUGAAAAGGACGCUUCAUCUCAAACUCAAACAACCAUAUCAAAUGCGUCUCCCGCUGUUUUGUGUAGAUUUAGUGAAAGCUGUGCAAAUCCUAAUUGUAUUUAUGCGCAUGCAAGCCCCGCUUCAACCGGAACUGGUUCUAUUCCAUCCACUUUAAUUGAUAUACCUUGCAGAUUUGGUUCUGAAUGUGCUCAACCUAAGUGUCGUUAUUCACAUCCUUCUCCAGCAACAGUCGCGGUUCCUCAAGAACCUUGCAGAUAUUAUCCUAAUUGCCAGAAUCCAGUAUGUCCGUACUUGCAUAUUGAUUAUAGCAAUACAAUGAAAGUUCCAACUCCUUGUCGUAAUGGAACUCAUUGCGUGAGAACUGGAUGUCAUUUUAUGCAUCCGUGGGAUAUAGAGGCGGAUACCUCAAGCAUUCCUUGUAAAUUUGGGUUUAAUUGUCGAAGACCUGAUUGUGCAUAUGCCCAUCCAAUGGGUAAAAAGAACUAUUCGCAUAUUUCUGAGCGUACUUUUGCUGUACCAGAAGAGAUGACAGAAAAGGUUCUUCCACCUUCGGAGAAUCAAGAAAAUAAGAAAGAAGAUGAACCAGUUAAAUCAGAAGAGAUAAAAAAUGAAUUAAAUAACAACAAGUCAGAAAAUAAAGAAGAUAAGAAUAAAUCUAAUGAGACGGAAGAAGAGUUUAAUGAAGAGGAUUUUAAUUGGGAUUUAGAUUUUGAUGUGGAUGUAAUAUUAAAUGAUGAAGGAAUAAAUGGAGAUAUUGUGACGGAUUUGUGAGAUACUAAUAAAAGGAAAUUUAGAAAUGAAUUUUUAAGAUUUAUAUUUAAUAUGCAUUUGCUUUUAGUUUUGUUUUUCUAAUUUUUUUUGUUAAGUGCUUCGGACAUUAUUUGUAAUUUGCAAUAAUUAUAUGUAGAAAUAUGAACAAAAGUAAAUAAAUGCAACUAUACUGCUAGUCACAGUAUUAAUUUCAAUAUUAUAA